GUAACAUUUUAAGUUUGUUUAUAUUUCAAGUUUUGUUUAUAUUUCAUAUGCUAAACAAGUGAAAUCUUAAUAGUACAUAGAGAUUAACAAAUAAGUAAAAACUGAAUAGUAAACUGCUAGAAAGCUGAACAAGUGUGCUGAAGAAGCAAUGGACCUCAACUAUAUUUUAUGUCGUUUAUGUUUGGUGCAAUCUGAAGAAGGUGAAAUGAUUGUUUUGAACCACCACACCAAAUUUAUCGAGUCAAUUCUGCAGAUAACAAGUGUAAAUGUUACACCUAUUGAUGACCGGCUGAUUCACAUGUGCUCAACAUGUCUAGAAACACUAGAAAAAUGUAUUGAAUUCCGUUCAAAUUGUAUUCAAAAUGAUAACUACUUUUAUAAACUGUGCUCAGGGGAUGUUUUCAAAUCCUCGGAUUUUGAUAAAAAAUCCGUGCAAUUGUCGAGCAAAAAACCAGAAAUAAAACAAGAAAAAUCAUAUAAUGACUCACAUUGCGGCUUAAUAUCGGAGGAAAAUUUUCCAGAAGAAAAUUUGAAAAUAGCAACGCAGCAAAAAUCGCCAGAAUUCCGUUCCAGUUCAUUCCAAGAAGAGUCGGUAUUCAAUAACGCUGAUUUUAUAGAUCACGAUUCAAGUGAAAGUAUGCCGGAAAAGCCUAAGAAAAGAAAAACAUUGAAGGUAAUAACAUCGACAAAAAAUCCCAAAAAGCGAGGACGAAAACCUAAAAUGCAGAACGAACUGGAGCAGUCUUCAAGCGAUAGUAAACGCGCCAAGCAAGAAAGUAAGAAAAUGCAAUGUGAUGUAUGCGGAUUGUUCCUAGUACAAGCAAACUUGACCGAUCAUCGACAAACUCACGAUCCGAGCCUAUGGACUCACGAGUGUUCGUUCUGUUCAAAAAUAUUUUCUAACGCAAAGAGAUUGAAAUAUCACAUCAAUUCUAAACACACGCGGGAAAAAAAAUAUCAGUGUGAUAAAUGUGAUAAAUUUUAUUAUAACGCUGGUUCGUUAUGGCAGCACACCAAUGCUGAGCACAGUGGAGGAAAAAAGUAUCAAUGCAGUGUAUGUGGAGAAAAAUUUGCGCACUCUUCUGGAAGGGAUCGUCAUUUUAUAAAUCAUCAUUCUUUUGCACGUCCUCAUGGAUGUACAUACUGCGAUAAAACGUUUAAAAUAAGGAGUGAACUGACGCUUCAUAUCAGAACGCAUACAGGCGAAAAACCCUUCAAAUGUGAUAUUUGCGGAAAAGCUUUUGCGAAAAGCUAUAAUGUUGUAAUCCACAAAAAGUCACAUCAAAAUGAGCUCCAACGUUCAGCUACCGCUUCAGUUUCAAAUCAAGGGAAAGUAUCUCAAAUUUAAAGAAAUAUUUUUUUCAAAUAAAUUAAAUAAAGCGUUUUGUUUAGAGGCAGCGAUGACAUUUAAAACAUAUAUGAUUUAGUUUGAAUCUAAUAUCGUAUUCGUUUUCUCCCCGCGAUCAGUGCCGCAAUCCGUCAGCCAAAAACGAAGAAAAUAAUCGUCAGUGUAUAACUUCCUCAUUCACUCACACGCUCAUUCGCAAUACUUACAGAAUCUUCAGGUUACCCCCGUCACUUUCAAUUCAAAUCUGAUGCAUUACUGGUGCCAAACUGAAUAGAUAAACGAACACGAUAACAGCAGUCGUGCAACACUGGUGAUGACCUAAAGGAAAUCUAGUACUAAAAGAAUACGCUAUAAGAAUCUAGGAGUUCUUACUUAUGUGCAUGAAUCAAAGCAAUCGAAAGAUUCCUUUUAAUUCAACCACGGUAGAUGAAAAGUUCAUAUACCGGCCAAUCGAAAACGCUCACUGAAGAAUGUAGUAAGUGUUCAACUCCGCUUCUCGCUAGAGAUCACCCACCGAGCUAUGUUCGGUUGUGACUGCCCGAUGGGCCGUUUCGUCGUGACUGAGGGGAGAUGCUCAAGCCUGCUCUGAGAGGAUGUGUCGAUACAUCCAUACAUCCAUUCGUGCCCCACACAGUAAGUUGCUAUCGAAAUACCGGUAUAUGAACUUUUCAUUUACCGUGGUUGAAUUAAAAGGAAGCUUUCGAUUGCUUUGAUUCAGUUGAAUCAUUCAACCAAGUAGGCUCACAACACAACAGAGUUCUUACUUAUCGUUUUUCUUCUUAACUAUAUUUGAUUUACAAAUAUGUUUUUUAUGGGCACACAGUUUUGAAGAAUGAAUGAUCCCAUAGAUGUUAAAAUCCCAAUGAUCAAAUUAAUAAAAAAGCACAUAGUUUGAAGAACUGCCAAUAUAUGACAAAUACCUUAGUAGGGGAGUGCGAUGACAUUUUUUAUCUAGGGUGUCUUGACAUCACAGUUAUAUUUCGUAAUCAGAAUCUUUUGCAGUUGUCUUAUAUUUUAGAAAUAGGUGAUAAAGGAAACGAAACAGCUAUGCUGUCCACUGAAAAAAAAUAUGGAUGGAAUCAAUUUAUAUUUUUACAAAAAAUCUCAUGAAAAUUGAAUAUAAUGUCACAAUCAAAGCAGAGUAUUUGAAUUAUAGGGUACCACGCCGGGCAUGAUGACGUAGUUGUUAUAAGAUUCUU